AUGGGGCGCCAUAGUCGACUGUGCUGGCAGCCGCUGUGCCGGCAGGCCCUGGCCAGCCAGGCGCUUGCAGUGCGGGACAGUGCAAGGUCUGCACCCGUCGUGCGACAGGACACGGUCGCGCAGGACGCGGUCGCCAUACCGGACGCGCACGGUGCUCCCGCCGUCCCUUUGCCAUCCAAGCGCUAUCGUGGAUCGUCUGCACAGAGGCGUGCAAAUAGCGCGGGCACAGAAGGCGUACGCGGGCUGCUCACUGCGAUCGACGCGCCGCCGCUGACCGUGCUGUACACAACCGGGCAGACCGCGAACAUGCAGCGCCCCGCGGCCCGCGCGACGAUCGCGGGCGUCGCGAAGGAAGAGUCGGACAUGGGCGUCAAGCCCGCGUACUCAUUCAUGAUCCGCGCGCGCAAGCCCAAGCAGCGACUCCUCAUGGACCAGGCUGCGGACGAGCGCGGGAGCGGGACGUUCAACAUCACGCCGCGCCAGUACCACGGCGUCAUCAAGGGUCGCCUCAACGCUCAAGUUUCUAGCUCAGAACGUCGAUAG